AUGUCGAGCACGGCCUCAGUCGGUUCCCUCGAGAAACAGGAUGCCCAUCGGGCGACUGUUCAGCUUCAGCCUGUGGCAGAGGAGAAGCUGCAUGAGGUCGAGGUUGGGUAUGACAUCUACCAGGAGACGAAGGAUAGCUUGGAGUGGGACAAGAAGGAAGAGAGACUGGUCCUGCGUAAGAUCGAUCGCUGGAUCUUGCCUGCGUUCUGCUUGACGCAGGGUCUGGCAUUCUUGGACAAGACGGCCUUGAACUAUGGCAACCUCUUUGGGAUGAAAGCGGACCUCCAUGUCACCGGCCCGCAAUUCAGUUGGUUCGCGAGCGCAUUCUACAUCGGCUACCUUGUCGCGGAAGAGCCUGCCAACGUGCUCCUUCAGCGCUAUCCGACGGGCAGGGUCAUGGGCAUCGUCUGCUUUCUGUGGGGGAUCGUCGUCAUCCCCGGUCUGGGGCUUAUGACGCCCUUCUGGUGGCGCUUGCAAGAGCAGCCCGUACGCCACUUAACAUGGUACUGCUUCAACGGUGUCGCUGGGAUAGUUGGCGACUUCCUAGCAUAUGGCCUGGGGCACGUCAACAAUGUUUCCGUGCCUUCAUGGGCUUUGAUCUUCCUGGUACUCGGCGGCUAUACGACGCUGUGGGGUCUCUAUCUUUUCUUCUUCCUCCCAGACACACCGGUCGCUGCGCGCUUCUUAGACCCGCGGCAGAAGGCUAUCGCCGUCAAGCGUGUGGCUGAGAACAGGACUGGGAUUAAGAACAAGCAGUUCAAAGUUUACCAAGUGAAAGAGGCGUUUACGGAUCCGAAGACCUACCUGCUCUUCGUCGCAUCGAUUGCCGCGCAGAUUCCCAAUGGCGUUGUCAGCAACUUCUCAAGUAUUAUCAUCAGCGGCAUGGGCUUCACCAAGUUUCAGACGACUCUGUUGGAUAUCCCGAGUAGCGUUUUGCAGAUUGUUUCGCUAGUAGGCAGCGGGUACAUUGCCAGCGUGGUAAAGAACAGUCGGGCUGUUAUGAUGUUCAUCGGCAAUUGUACUUGCAUCAUUGCCGCGGCCUGUCUAACCUACGGACCUUCCGAUGAGAGGUGGGGGCGUUUGGUCGCCUUUUGGUUCACAUCUUUCCAGAGUGUUGGAUUCUCACUGUCGCUUGUCAUGGUCUCCGCGAACGUGGGAGGCUAUACGAAGCGUCAAGUCGUCACGGCGCUGACAUUCAUUGGCUAUUGUAAUAUCGCUGGCCCCCACGUUCUCAUCGAUUCUGAAGAAGACAUUGGGUACCCCACUGCCACCAAGGCUAUGAUGGCAGGCUACGUCGUCAAGACGGGCUGCCACGUCCUGCUCGGGCUGUACAUGUGGAACUCCAACCGUCUCCGCAACAACGCUGCCGUCAAGGACGGCAGUGCAAUUCCCGAGGUUGAGCGCGCCCGUCGCGCUGAAGAGGCUGGGAUGACCGACAUCACAGAGUUCGAGAACCAAUGGUUCCGCUAUGUCUUGUGAAUAUUCACGAUUAAUCACUAUGUUCUCACGUCCUUGUGUUUUCUAUCGAUUGCCCUUGUCUCUGCAGUUCUUGUACGAGGCCGGAGAAAGUGUGCCGUGUGUACAAUGGGAUGGGAGGAAGUUUGUAGGCUUGUAUCGGUUUACGACUCGAUCGUUGAGCUUGUACGCAUGUUCAGGGGCCUGUAAAAGUAGUUGAAGCCUGUUCCCGCGAUUUGCGUACGGUGGAUUACCCCGAAUGGAAAGUUGAACUUGUGCAUGACAUGCACGUGAUCUGAC